ACAGAUGGCGCUGAUCACGAAGGGAUGUUUCCACUAGCUGCCCUACUGACUGGAGCUUUAAUGACAAUUGGGGUUGCUGUUCUUCUUAUCGUUAUUUUAGCUAUAAAAAAGAAUCGAGAACAACCGCAGCCACAUGAAAAUGGUAUCAAGGAGAAGCAUAUUGGCAUGGACAUUACCGUCACAACACCAUUAGAAAUGAACGUUGGUCAACAAAAGUAUGUGGUUGCUUACACACUUAAAGGCAGUGAAAAACAGCCAGAUAUUCUCAAUGCCCAAAAAUCCACCGACGCUAUAGAUUCUGUUCAGAAAAUGGGAUCUCCAGCUGCUAUUCGUCCUGAUGCCCUCUUUAGUACAUCAUCAUCAUCAUCGUCUAAGCACACAAAAUCAAACGAACAACAGCAACAUCAACAACAUUCAACACCACCAAGUCAUCAAAGCACAUUAAAGUAUAAUGAUAAUGGUACUAAAAGCUACAUGACACUUAAUCAUAAUCAUAGUAUGACUGGGAAUUACAAUGUACAGCCGCCACCAUACACUCAUAGCCCAGCUAUGAUGAAUGAUUAUGAAGCCCCUCUAAAUUAUACUGUCAACUAUAAUCCAGCAUCUGGUGCAUCGAAUGCGGUUUCAACUUACCGAAAAAUCUCACCCGAAUAUAAUAAUCUCAAUAAUCUUUUUAAUAGCACGAACACGACAACGUCGGCGACCGUAAAUAGUCAUUUAAAGAAUGAAUUACUGGAGAGUUCCGACAAUUUUUUAGAAUUUGAAAGAGCCGUUCUUGACAACAGAUUAAGUAGUGGUGUAAAUAAUAGUAACGAAGAAUAUGAAUUUACCAAUAAUGCAAACGGUCCUAAUGUCAACAAUGAACGCUUUCAAUCCACAAAUGAAUUUGUCAACGAAACAAUGGAUUAUAAGAAUUUGGCGAACCAAAUCGCAAAUACAAUCUCAAAUAUCAAUUCGACACUUAAUAGAAGUCGUAACCGUAAUCAUAUCCUUACUGAAAACCUGCCCGGACCUGAAAGUUGCGUCUAAGUUUCAUCUUUCAAAAAAUUUAAUCUUUAACAAGACUUUCAUACGUUGUGAGACUUGAGUUAAGAAAGUGACAUUAAUUAAGCGAUUUGAUAUCAUAACAGAAAGCUUUACGUCGUCGCUUGUUUAACUGAAGUGUUACUAAUGUUUCAAAUAUGCUCAUUCUCAACUUAUUAUCCAUUCGAAACUCGAAUGAAAAAAAUUCAAAAGACUUUGUAAUGUUUAAGACAUAAUCCUAGGUUUAACUGCUAGUUAAUUUCCAAACUGAGAAAUUAAAUUUUCAACCCCUCCAUAGCAUAUCCAAGAAGUAAAAAAAUGAUAUCGAUGACAAGUUAGAUAAAUUUUUUCAUUCCAUUGUCAUAUCGUUUAACUUUAUAUUCAAACCCUUAGCAAUAUUUUCUACGAGAAAAUCUCCUUUUGUAAAUAAUAUUUGUACAGUUAAAAAAGGAAAAUAAAUAGUUGUAAUGAGUUUCAGAACGGCACUAGAUGUAAAUCAAUUAAAUUCAUAUAAUAUGUACGUAGACAAUACAAGCAAACAUUAAAACAAAAAUUUAUUUUCAAUUUUCUUAAUUUUCCAUAAUUAGUUUUAAUUCAUUUUCCUUCAACUUUCAUUUUGAUUUGAUUCUUCAUUUCAUCUUCAAUAUCUAAUAGCAUUGAACUUCAAACUCGAAAAACUUUCAUUCAUACGUGUGAAAUCAAAUCAUCUAAGUUACAUCGAAUCACUUGUUAAUCGAACAACUUUAGGAAGAUUUUCUAGAAUUUAAGAUGAAGACUUAUUGUUUUUCUAAGAUAUUAAGAAUAAAGUUAAGAAGCAGUUUAAUGUUGUUAGAAAAAGAAAAUCAAAAAGUUAUGCUGAAAAAAAUUCAUAUCGCCUAAAAAUUUGUUCAUUGAUUUCUUCCAAAAUUUUUAAACUUUUGUUUCUCUUAUUCGCUGUAACUUAAAUUUUAAUUUAUUGUCAUGAAAUGCUUUAAUUUGGAGUCAAGAAAAAUAGAAAAUAAAUGAAUAAUAUUAAAUGUAUACCUAUGCUUUUCAGCUCAAUGUGAUAUGAAUUAAAAAAGAAAAUAAAAGGAAUCGUGAAUAAA